AUGGCGCCCCUUGUGCGAAGCGUGGCCGCUCUAGCUAUCACCGCCGCCCUGGAAACGACAGCCUUCGUGUCCACGCCCAACCCCUACCGCACAGCGCGAACAACAACCGCCGGCGCGCGACAAGCUGCCAGACCAGGGCUCCUGAGGCCAUCACCCCAGCACCGGUACGAGCGAGUGGAGAGGUGCCGCGUCCCCACGAUCGCCGCCGCCUCCGCGCCCGUCAAGGCUGUGGCCGACGAGGAUGUCGCGACGUUGCCCCUGGAACAGACCAAGCGCGACGACCUGCGGAACCUCGCGAUCGUUGCGCACGUAGAUCACGGCAAGACAACUUUGGUAGACGCCAUGCUUCAGCAAAGCUCCGUCUUCCGGGACAACGAGCAAAUGGGCAUCAGAGUGAUGGAUAGCAACGACCAGGAGCGCGAGCGUGGAAUCACCAUCUUGGCGAAGGUCGAGGGGCCUAAGCCCCAAACCAGGUUCGUGCUAAAGAAGGCCCUUGAGCUCGGGCUUCAGGCGGUGGUGGUGGUGAACAAGAUCGACCGGCCCUCGGCACGACCGGAGUAUGUGGUGGACAAGACGUUCGACCUCUUCUGCGACCUGAACGCCAACGACGAGCAGUCGGACUUCCAGAUCGUGUACACUUCGGCUAUCAAGGGCAUCGCAGGCAACGAGCCCGAGGAAAUGGAGGAGAACAUGGAGCCGUUGUUCAAGGCGAUCAUGGGCAUGCCGAAGCCCCUCGUGAAGGAAACGGCGCCGCUACAGGCGUUGGUGGCCAACAUCGACUACGACGACUUCAAGGGGAAGCUCGGGGUCGGGCGAAUCCACUCCGGGUCCCUGAAGAAGGGGCAGAACGUCGGGCUCGGGCGGCCGGGAGAAGACGUCAAGACCGGCAAGGUCUCCGAGCUCUUCGUGUUCGACAACCUCGGCCGCAAGGCCGUGGAGGAGGCGCACGCCGGGGACAUCGUCAUGGUCGCCGGUCUUGCCCAAAUCGGGAUCGGAGACACCAUCCUAGACCCGGCCAACCCCAACCCGAUGGUGCCCAUCGCGGUGGAGGAGCCCACCGUCCGGAUGACCUUCGGGGUGAACAAGUCGCCCCUGGCCGGCAGGGAGGGCAAGUUCCUCACAACGCGAAUGAUCCGGGAUCGGCUCAUGAAGGAGCUGGACCGCAACGUAGCGUUACGCGUCGAGGAGACGGAUUCUUCGGACGCCUACGAGGUCAGCGGCCGCGGGCAGCUGCACCUGACCGUGCUUAUCGAGAACAUGCGCCGAGAGGGCUUCGAGCUGCUUGUUGGUCCCCCCACGGUCAUCACAAAGCAAGUGGACGGCAGCACUCACGAGCCUUUCGAGACGGUGGAGGUGCAGGUGCCGGACGAAUACACCGGCGCAGUCGUCGACCUGCUCUCGAGGCGGAAGGGGGAAAUGCUCAACAUGACGCCCGUUGAGACCGGCGGGGACGCCCAGAUGACCAACAUCGAGUACCUCGUCCCGACCCGGGGCAUGAUCGGCCUCCGCAACAGCAUGCUCACGGCGACACGAGGCACCGCGGUCAUGGACACGAUUUUCGACUCCUACAGACCUUACGCAGGUGACAUCGAGGCCCGAGACAAGGGGUCUCUGGUCGCCCACGAAAACGGCGUGGCGACCCCGUUCGGCAUCGCUGGGGCUCAGAGCCGCGGGGUGAUGAUGGUGUCGGCGAAGGACGAGAUCUACCGCGACAUGAUCAUCGGGUUGCAUCAGCGCCCGGGGGACCUGAGGGUCAACAUUUGUAAGGCAAAAGCUCUUAACAACAUUAGGUCAGCGACAAAGAGCAUCAGCGAAAGUGUCACGGUGCCCAUGGAAGUCAACCUGGACAUGGCGGUGGAGUACAUCCAGGCGGACGAGCUGGUGGAAGUCACGCCGACAAAAAUCCGCAUGACGAAGAACGCCCAGAUGGCGGGGAAGAAGUAGAGCAAAAUAACAGCAGUACAUACCCUUCGCGAGGAUAUUUAAAGCUUGAUUUUUUAGUAGGGGUUACAGGUUUUUUGGGUCGUAGGGUUAAGGGUUAUGUAACCCCCGUCUCUACUUGGCAUAUUCUCGCGAAGGCGGUCCGGGACAAGUCGUAUUGGUGACGACUCUACUUCACAUAUUCUCGAGAAGGCGGUUCGAGACAACUCGUGUUGGUGACGUCGACGAGUGGGAGAUUUUUGCCGUUCAGGACGUCGACAUGUCCGUGGAAGUUCCCAUCCAUUACAUGCAGGCCAAACACUGGCUGGCCUAGGUGGACGAUUUUAUAGGGCUUCGAACCGUCUUGGCAGAGCAUUUUUUCAAAGCCGCUGGCUGGUUUUCCGUGGGUGUGAGGCCGGGUGGGGUCGGCGAUGACAGUGGCAGGUCGAGGACUUCUUGACUCGCUUGUUGCUCCUUGGUAAUGGCGUUUGCGUUUGCUGCGGUCUAGCACAUUGGGGUUUGAUGUUGUGGUCUAUGUCUGUACUAGGAUCUAGCGGAUGACUUGUUGUUGUAUCGAAACGAGAAAACCUAUCGUACCAAAUUCUCACACUUCUUUUAGCCCUCCGCUCAAUAGUGUUCAGACGUGCGUGUACCGGCUGGGAGUGCUUUGGCGCCAAAGGAUGAGUUGAGAUAAGAGGACACCACAUUCUUUCAUGUACACCCCGGCUACGACUCUGCUGCUCAUUUUCCCGUGCACUACAAGAUUGCCCCGUAAUAAUGGAAUCCACGCUUGCCUGUUUUUCCUGCAGGGACCACAACAAUGCCGCACAUGUCUUCGUUUUUUUGGCGUUGAUAGACGACGUUUGGAGGAUAAACCAGAGGCUGAGCACGGGUCAUGUUUCUUUUUUUUUGGAGUGGAGAUGUUCGCAUUCGCGGGCAUGUGCAGGUGUUAACAAGUGGGAACCAUUUGAGACUUAACAGUUUCGGACAACCCAUGGUCUGGUUGGUUCCCACUCCAAAUGCUCUUGAGGGCCUGUCGGAAAGUGAAGGAAGGCUAUGUUUGGCCUUCGAGAGACCGACUAAAUCGUGUACGUAGAUCCCGGGCGGGACACCUU